UUUCAGCGGUUCCAAGCUGAAAAUAAAAACACGCGUGUAAUGAUAUAAUGCGCAUUACGUAAAAACGCGCGCGGACAGAAAAACGUCUUUGUGUUCACACGUUGCGCAGUAAUGACGAUGUCAAGACGACGAUGGUAUAAAUAACAAAUAAUAACAAUAAUAAUAUUGGUAAUAUUAUAUUAUAUUAUACCAGCGAACACUGCACGCGAUCAGCGAUUAUGCCCACCGAUGUAUAAUAUUAUAGUAAUGUAUAAUGUUUUUGGAUAUUAUUGUGCAGCGAUGAGUUGUUAUGACCGAUAUGAUACGUCAGUGUUCGAAUAUAAUAUUAAUUUCUUACCAUAUGAUACCGGAUAAAAAUUUAAAAGUAUGAAAAAACAUUAAAGAUUGUAAAUUUUUUAAAAUACACAAGAGGAGCUGGUGGCGAGGUGUAUUACUAUAAUAAUUGUACGAAACGUAUUUAAUAUACAUUAUACAUACGGUAACCAUUUACAUUUAUCGUAAAAAAGGCGAAAUGUUUUAGAAAAUAGGAGACAUUUUUAAAUUUCACAAUAAUUGUAAGAACUAAUAGGUUCAUCAACAAUCAUCAAAUUGCGAACAAUUACAAUAUUUUCUAAACCGAUAAAAAAAUAUAUUAGUUGAAAAAUAAUUGUAUUUCUUUAAAAUAUAUAGUUCACUAUAAAUGUUGAGUAUUGUAUACACAUAUUAUUAUAUAUUAUGCGUUUUAAACACGGAAGUACGGUUGCCACGAGCGACAAACAAAUUUCGCGGUGUGAGCCUCGCUCGUGGGAGAAAAAAAGAGCAACUGACUUAUUCGUUUUUCGUGGCCGAGGAAAUGAUCAAAGCCAGACAGACGUGUUACUUGGAGAAGCACAGGAUAUACGAAAUGUUUAGGAACGUGGUCAAGGCGCUCGUCAUGUCCCAGCCACCGGACCCUUUGCGGUUCAUCGCGAGGUAUUUCAAAUGCCGGCGUCACGUGGACGUACCGAAAAUCCUGUUGGUCACUCCUCCCGAUCACCGGUUGGAUACAGACAAAGUGUACGUUGCACUCAACAUAGCCAAAAGCACCGGAGUGGUAACCAUCGAUCGGCGGAACGUAUUGCGCAGAUACCGGAAAAAACGAAGAGACGAUGAUGACGGAUGUGAUUCAAUGGAUUUUACGACCGUGUUGAGGGAGUACAUGAGAGCGAAAGGGGCAAACAUAAAAGGAUGGAUACUUUUAGAUAUCCCAAACAGUAACAAAGAAGCAGAAAUGAUGAUAAGUCUUGGUAUUCUACCGACACAUACAAUUGUUCUGAACGAACCUGCAGCCUUAUGCGAUAGUCAGACAAAAAUUGACAAGUUCCAUACGAAUUAUAAAAAUUUAGAAUUUGAAAUCAAAAUGAAAUUUCGAUAUACCUUAAAAGAAAUCAAUGUGCAGGGUAAAUCGAUUGACGAGAUCACAGAAUUAUGUCUGGAUCAAAUAGUAUACCAAAAACCGUCGGAUGUUCCGUUUGUGCCCAGAGUGACGGUUAUCGGCCCUGUAAGAUCGGGACGUUUCAUCGUGGUCAGUGGCCUAUCCAAAAGAUUCAAUUUAGUCAACGUGGAUUUUGAUCAAAUGAUGGAUCAACAAGUUGCCACCAGUGACAAAAAAAUCGCAGAAGAAACGGCAUUAACGUGGUUAAAAGAAAAACUAACUCAAGACGAGUGUGUGGAAAAUGGUUACGCGAUGAAGGGUUUCCCGCGUACAAGAGCCGAUUUUGAAUGGUUGGAUUCUACCGGAAUGGCUCCCAAUCGAGUUAUAUUUUUGGCAAUCAGUUUUCCGGAAUUAUACCGUCGUUUCAAGAACAGGUGUUUGGUCAAAAACACGGGAACCACUAUGAGCCUGAACCGUGCGCUCAACGAGAUAAAAGCGGGCACGUUGAAAUUCGAAGACCUACUUCGGUAUCCGUCGAAUUCGGGAACAUUUCUAUGCGAUUUCAAAACCUAUUGCAAACGUUUAAAAGAGAUGCUCUAUUAUUGCGGAGACGGCUGUUCGAUUAUCACUUUCGGAGAGUCGGUGUGCGACAACGCGUCGGCGUGCGUCGUUUCCGCGAGUCCAGCCGCCGGCCCGAGACCUCAAAACCGCAUGCCGAGCCGACUGACCACGAGACUUGCUGAACGGAUUCUUUUUACCCCCAAACACGAAGACAUCUGUCGCGACCCCGGGUUGUCCGAGGAAGCUAGAGAUCUACUGAACGCCCUCGAACGGGGCGCAAAACGGCUGGACGUCAAUCACGGUGUCGAUCAGGCUGUUUAAACCGUCUGCGAUUUUUUACGGGCACUACGAUUUUCACUACGAUACCUAUACCACGACGGCGAUUGUGUACUUAUUGAUAUUUAAAUUUAUUAUUAUAUAAUAAUAUCAUACGCAUUACAUGUGCAGUUGUAAGUAAUGUCGUCGAAAUGACGUGCGUUAAAAUAUAAUCACCUCCCGACUUCGUUCGGAACUUUGACGCCGUACGGAGACGGCUCCGAACCGUUCCCGACGAAAAAAUAUGCGUCUGGCCCCAAGCCGUCGUAGUGUAAAUUUGGUAUGUAAAAUGUCCUCGCGUCCAGAAUACUGAUAUUGCCCGACCGCAAACUGUGAGCUAAACGUUUGAACUCUGGUAAGAUCCGUGGUUUGGGUGGGUCCAGUGUGGCUGAUAUGUACACCUCGCCGAAGUUUACCUGAAAAAAAGAGAUUAUACCAAUCAGAUACGAUGUAUCACAGAAACUUAAUAAUUCAUUUUGUUGGAAAAAUUUUCACAAUAAUGGUUGUAACACAGAAUCGAUAAAGUUUAUCAUCUAUUCUGUGGUUAUAACUUAUAACCUAAAUUAAGGACAAGGAGAAUAUUAUAUAUCAUAAAAAUAUGUUAAUUGUCAUCAAUCGAGAACGGCUGGACCGCUUUGGACUUUUUUUUUAAAUAUUCGUAACAGUUUGAAUGAUGUUUGUAUGUAAAGGAAAAGUGGCCUUGAAGAGGUGCUCACACAAAGAUAUUUAGAUUUAUAUUGGAAGUCAAAAAUUUUUUUUGUUUAUAAAUGAAUGCAGUUGGUUAUAUUAACUUAGAGGUUAUGAUGGUAAUAGUAGUAGAAAUAAGUAAUUAUUUUUUUUUUUAUAAAUUGGUUAUUUUGUUAACUUGGUUGCCAUUGGUUACUCGGACAGUCGAGGUAAAACCAUGCACCAAAUCGUCGAGCUUAUGGCAUCGAAUAAAUAAAUAAUAUUAUUUAUAAGUUUUUAUUACAAAUGUAAAAAAAUAUAAAAACAAAUCUUUGACAUGGGCAAAACUAGGGAGGACAGCUAUAUUAUAAUAUAAAUGUUGACACCUGAAUGUAAUUUUUGAAAAAUUUGUAGUUCCGAGGACGUAUUAUCACUAAGGUAACGAUGUACUAUUAAGUAUUUAAUGAUAAUUUAAUAAUAAAAUGUCAAAUUGAUUUUGAUAUAAUCAUACUUCCUUCGUACUCCUACUCAUUGUGAUCCAAUUUUUUUUUUUCAUUAUUUUAAUACAAACUUAAUAGCUGAUUGAGUUUUUAUUUGUCCGCCUUUAGUUUUAAAAGUUAAUAAUAUUAUAAUAUAGCAAUAAUAAUUAAUAUAGCUCAACAAUUUCAAACGGUUGUAAUCGAAUAUUAUGUUUGACAAAGUUAUUCAGUUAGGUAGUUCUCGACUAUAUUCUGUACACAGAACCACAUAUUAGGUAAAUGGUAAAUUUAUUCACUAUAUAUUUAAACAACGUCUUUAAGUUGUGUUGAUGAUUAUGCGAAUUAAUAACUUCUCAACUUAAUUUAACUUAUGAUUCAAACUUCAUGCUGAGCAUUCCUA